AACAAUAACUACAUCAGACACCUAUAAAAAUUUUCUAAACAAAGAAAAUGCAGUUAUCCAUUAGCUAUAUGUACUUUCACCUAUUGAAUUGAAAUUUUUUGAAAACGUUAAAUGUGGUCAUUUAAAUUACCCUUCUUUCCGGAAAAAUGACUGUCAAAUUAACUUCUACAAAAUUAAAUUCCGAAUUCCAUUUACAAGAUAAAAUUUAAUGUUUCUCUGCACGAUAUUAGUCUAGUUAAUAGUUAAACAGUUAAAAAGUACAUCCACUUGUUUUUAAUUAACACAUUAAUCAAUUUUAAGGGUUUGUACAUAGACUUAUUAGUUGAUCUCUAUUUACAAUGAUGGAAAUGUUAGGUAAACACAUCGUAAAAACAACAUCAACGUUGUUUACAUUUGAUUAUCAAAACUCAACACGCAAACUCGCAAUCGAUUGCUUAAACAAAACCGACAAUUGGCCCACUAGUCACUACAUUACAUAUCAUACCACUUCCGUGCAUCUUGAACCUUCCGCUUCCUUGCUAUUUAUUUUUAAAUUUAACUAAAUAAAAAGUAAAGGCGCAUAACAACAAAUAACAAUAAUAGAAAAAGUGCAAGUGUGUAUGGUAUAUUUAUUUAUAUCUACUCGUUCUAUCGCGUGUCGAACGUUUAUUAGGCUUGUUAACUAUUAAGAGCUUUGUGUCCCAUAUUUGAGUUUGUAAAAGCGCACUAGAUAUGAGGUUUAAUGGAUUAAUUAAUUUAAUGGAGCCAUAAUUUCAGGAUUAAGUAAACUAAGCCAUUUGGUAAAUGAUUAUGUGGUAUCACCAUGACACUAUCAAUAAUAAAAUUCAUUACUUAUCUAAUCUUGUACAUCAAAUGAAUUGAAUUAAGCACAGCGGCAUAUCUAAAUUUUUCGUGAUUGAAAUUUGUUGUUAAAUUAUUAGCGAAUAAAAAAUGGCAAACAGCGAUUUAUAUAAAACGCCUACAUACUGCAAAGCGUAUUAUAUUCCAGACGAAGAUAAUGUAACUUAUAUUGAGGAUAACCCUUUGACCAAAAUUGAAGUGAGCGACCCCGCAAAAAUACUGCAAUUAUGCGAAAACCUAACAGAUAUACGAACCAAAAAUCUUGAAGGGAAACUAAACAUUUACUUUAGAUCUGAAGCCGAAGCCGAGAGGGUGUUUUUCAUAAAUUUAUUCGAUGUUUCUGACGAAGCCAUGAUCCAAGUCGUCCAAGACAAAAUACUGGACGUACCGUUGCGCAGCUCUCUUGCAGAGGACACCAUACCAAACAUUGUAGAAUACAAGGAUGAAACUUUAAAAUGCGCAGAAGAUCUUGAUCCCAAAAUACAAAGUCUAAUAAACGAAAUCGUGGCUGAGGAUUCUGGUGAACUUAUUUUGGUUCCAAUUCUUGCUAAGGAACGGCGAACCAAUUUACCAAAAAGAUUAUAUGUAACCCCAGUAUACCUAAUAUGUUUUGUAAAUGCGUCACGAGAUUCUUCGUUCGUUAUAAGGAUGGUUCACGAGACCCUAAGGUACUGUUUGACUUUACUCCUGAAUACCAGGCAGUGUGAAGAAGAGAAACGACUAAAAAACCAAUGCCAGAGCUUGUUGUCGGUGGCUAGAAAACUGUUUUCGCAUCUGGGGGACCUGAACGAUCUUUUGAAAGAGAUCAUGUCAGAGGCGAGGCGAUUGACGAACGCGGAAAGAUGCUCCUUGUUCCUUUUGGAUCCGGAUCAUAUGCAUUUGGUAGCCAAAGUAUUUGAUGGCGUUAGUCCUUCAGAGAAAAAGACUGAGGUUAGGAUAGCUAAAGAUCAGGGCAUUGCGGGUCACGUAGCCGCUACUGGCAGAACCCUUAACAUAAAAAACGCUUAUAAACAUCCCCUGUUCUACAAGGGCAUGGACGAGGCGACCGGUUUUAAAACGCGUAACAUCCUGUGUUUCCCUAUUCGUGACGAAGAUGGCAUCGUAGGUGUAGCGCAGUUGUGCAACAAAAUGGGCGGCGGACAUUUUGACUAUUUCGAUGAGCAAGUCGCGAACGCUUUCAGUAUAUACUGUGGAAUCUCUAUAAUGCACAGUUUGGUGUACAAGAAGAUACAAGAUGCGCAAGCUAGAAGCCAGCUGUCUAACGAGCUGAUGAUGUACCACAUGAGAGUUAGCGACGGCGAUGUUGCAGAUGUUGUCUUGUGCGACAAAUACCACGACAUGACCGAGUUUAACUGUUUCACGUUCAUACCGAGGAAGGUCUUGCACUUUGAGAUACCUUGUUACAUACUGAAAAUGUUCGAAAACUUGAAAAUCUUGGACGAGUUCAGAAUAAAACGGGACAUACUGACGAGGUUCCUGUUGUACGUCAAAAAAGGAUACAGGGAUUUACCGUAUCACAAUUGGGUACACGCCUUUUCCGUUACGCAUUUUGCGUAUUUGGCUCUGAAGAAUUUUCAACUGGUCGAACUGGGUUAUUUAUCAAAAUUAGAAGCUUUGGCGUAUUUGAUAGCCUGUCUAUGCCACGAUAUCGAUCAUAGAGGGACCACCAAUUCCUUUCAGCAGCAGUCUAAUAGUGUUUUGGCAAGUUUAUAUUCUAGCGAAGGGUCAGUCAUGGAGAGGCAUCAUCUUUCUCAAACUCUAGCCACACUUAACACAGAUGGUUGCAAUUUCCUAGAGUGCCUGAAUAGAGUAGAUUAUAUCAAGUGUUUAGAUCUGAUCAAAAAUCUAAUUCUCGCAACAGAUUUGCAAGUUCAUUAUAGGAUACACGCUAGACAGCAAACAAUGGCUAUGGACGGUUUUAAUAGAAAAAACCCAGAACAUCGUUACUAUUUAUGUAGUCUAUUGAUGACUUGCGCGGAUUUAUCAGAUCAGACAAAAGAUUGGUCUGAAACGAAAAACGUAGCCCGAUUGAUAUAUGCUGAAUUCUUCACACAAGGCGAUCUAGAAAAGAAAAUGGGAAAAGAACCGGUGGUCAUGAUGAAUAGAGAAAAAGCUUCCAUUCCCGAUCACCAGCUAGAAUUUUUAAGUGAUUGUUGCGUUUGUAUAUUUAGAAUACUAGCUCGAAUAUUCCCAAUCGCCGAAUGUCUGGUUGAUGCGAUCAAUCAAAACAUAAAAGCCUGGGAAAAAUCGAAACCGAUAUUCAAACACUUGACGGCCAAUUACGCGACCUCCUACGAAAUUUUAACGAGUCAAGAAUUCGAGGACGCCGUCCAAGCGGCGCUCGGCCCGAAAGAGCAACUCGAAGAGAUGGUGGAAGAAGAGGAAACUGUCGGCGAGGAGCAACAAGAAAAGGAGGAGGAAGACGACGAAGAUGAUGAAAGCGAAGGUUAAUCCAAGUAAAUAUUAAUUAAAAGUAGAAGAGCGCAAUGUGUGUGUACUUUUAUGCGUUUCGAUGAUGGAUUGUAAAAAAAUGUGGUGUUCUUGAUACAAUCGGUUCAAAGUAAAUGGUAAAAUAUGGGCCGUUAGUAUUGAUUCCACUGUACAUAUUAUAUAUUAUUCUAAAAAAUACCGCCCACGAUUUACAUGAAAUAUUAUACAAAUAAACAUUAUGUACGUAAUAAGAGGCCCAAUGUGAAAAAGUUCACAAAUAAAACUAAAAUGUCUCAUUUUUUAAAAUUUAAUUAGGCUGAAGUAUAAAUUCAUUCUGUUUUGAUUAAAUUUACAAUAAAUUCAAAAUGUUAAAUUCAAAAUAGAAGUAUUAUAGAAAAUACAAAAAACCCUUAACUGGAAAAUUUAAAUUAAUUACUACAUACACAGUUAUUGCUUUCGAUGAUUUUUUUUUAACAAUUAAACAGUUCAGGACUGGCUAUUAACAUUUGAAACCUUUUUCACAAUGUUUAACAAUGAAAUUAUUUGAAUCGCUUGUGUCAAUUUUUAACUAUCAUAGCUGAAGGUGGAAACAAUGAAUUUUCGUAAAUAUUGAAAAAUGUUUCUCUAAAGAAACUAACUAUAAAUUGAAUCUUAUACCUCAAAAUAAUUAUUAGAUCUCAGGAUGCAUACGCUUGUUUUCUAGUUACACGAUAUACCAAAGGUCCUAGAUUCAACUCAACAAUUUUUUAUUUUCACUCCCUCUAAAAAAUUAAUUGAUUUUCAAGUUAAAAUGAAGACAUAUUAGUCCGCAUUUUAUUUCUAUAUCAGGAUUUCAUAAAGCAGCAGAGAUAUACUUAAAUUCGAUAAAAGUUUUUUAGCUUAAUGAUAAUUAAAUUUGAGUAAGAUUUAAAAAACUGAAUUAUGCCUUUUUGUUUUUUAUUUUAUUUUAGGAUGAGAUAUUAUUCAAUUUUCAUUAUAAAUAUUCAUGUUCGUAAGGCCAUCCUCGCCUAUUUCUUUUUUAAUAAGGAUCUGUACUUGAUUUUGUCCUUUUUUUUGCUUUGAAUAUGCUAUGAUUAUUUUUUCUCGUAAACCAGCACUGGUAUUGUAAAUUCAUUGAAUAUUCCUAACUUUUUUCUUAUUUAACUGCCCAUCUGUCUCUAUAUGGGGUGGACGACCAGGAACUGCAUCGAUCAAUUUGUCAGAAACUGGAUGUAGGAAAAAUUUGAAAAUUUGGGACCUUGCCAAAUGUUUUGGAACCUAUUUAGCUAACAUAUGUUCAUCUAUUGGCACUUCCGGUUAUACCGGAAUUACACCUUAAGUCACCCUAAAUAUUAUUAAGUUUUUGGAUUCUACUCUAGAUUCUAGGCAGAUUUUAUAUAUCGUGUCCUAUACCUAUAUGAAAAAAUUGGUUUUUGACGGUUGCCUCAAUCUCAUUUUAAACUUUAUUUUUGAACCAAAAUGAAAAUAUUUUAGCUCAAUUGGCCCCAAGACCUAGCAAGUUCCCAAAUUUUCCCUACAUCCUGGUGGUCCUCCCGGUAUAUAUGUAUAUUUUAGAGACAUCUUGUUAUAUAGAAAACUAAAAAAUGUAUAUUAUCUACUGUUUCCACUACAGCCAAAAUGCCUAUUUUAUGUUGAAUGCACUUAGGAUGCGUUUUCGAAGAUGUAAUGAAAUGUUGUACAUGACUUUAUAAACUUUGAUAUUGUAAAAUACUUGUACUUUGUUCUAUUGUCUUUUUUUAAUGUAUGUAGUACUAUUUUCUCUAAGAGAAAAUUAUGAUUUUCGAAAGCCCUUAACUAUGUGCUUUAAAAUUUGUAAAAUACUCUUGUUUAUCUACAGACAACUAAGUAAAUUGUAUAUUUUUUCAAUAAAUGUGACGAAACCGCUAGUUUUUGUGAUGUAAUACGUAAUGAUAAUGAUAACACUUUUGCACUCUAGGCAGCUUUCGUUUUUAUUUGUGCUUUUAAAGUGUAGAUGUCCAAAUGAGGCACUAUCUCUACAGAAUUUUUGUGAAAUAAGCUGGUUUUUUAGUAAAUUACAGGAAUUUUAUUUAUGCCAUUUUACAUUUUAAAGAAGCGUAUUCGGAAUAGAAAAUACUUUUUUCAAUUGAUAUUAAAAACGCAUAAAGGACCAGGCUUAUGGAGAAAUAGACUUCGUAAAUUUCUUGUAUUUUUUAUAUGUUGAAGCUAUUGACUUUAUAUGUUGAAGCUAUUGACUUUCUGAACAAUAGUGUCUCAACUCAAUCCUAUGACUAGUUUUUGAUAUACAGGGCGCUGAAGUUGCAAAUUGGUAAUUUUUUAAAAAAAGGCGUAACAAACUACUAUGAUAAUCGUUUAUUUUUCAAGAUAAUGCCUUACAGAUAUCAAACAAUAUUUCCAAUAUAACACAUGAGGUAAAUUAUUAGUUUCAGGAUAAGUCAUAUGAAAAUCAAAUUUUAAUUUUUACUUUAGCUUGAGAAUAUUCUUCAAAUUUGGCAAUCCAAUAUCCUGUCAGAAUGGACAAAUAAGUCAGAUGCUCGGCAAAAACAACAAAGUUUGUUAACCUUACUUUUUCAUUAGCGUUUGGCUGUUAUUGUAAAUUAUACAAUUAUUAAUAUUCAUAUAUUCUUAAUAAAUAUUAAUUUAUGACAUUUUUUCACUAAACACAAUGAAAAGAACUCUAAACACAAUACACAAACCACUGAACUGUAGAGACACAAAAUUAAGGAGUUUGUUGGACAGAGUGACUUUGCUUCUUCUAUUAAGAAUAGGGUAGAGGGUUUUAAUGGCUACGUGAUUUUUAGUCACUUUGUCCUUGAUGUGGAGGUCGAAUGUUAACCCCCUAUCUAACAGAAAACAUAGGUAUUUGAUUUUGUUUGUAGUAGGGACUUCCUGAUUUCCUAUUUUCAAAGGAGUCAUUAUUCCCUGAUUACGUUUUUUAGUAAUCAUCAUACUCUUAGUUUUUGUUUCAUUUAUAUUUUCAUCUUAUUCUCUGUUAGAUAGGGGAUUAAAUCCCUGAUAAACCAAAAACAGUACGAUUCAAAAGAGGUAACAAAUCUAGAAGAAAAAGAAUGCUUUUUCCAUGUCUCAAUCUAUAUUUAAAAAUUUCGUCGGUUAAAUUACGUAUUUUUUUACAUUUAACUGUAUUUUUAGUUUGCUAAUAAAGUGUAAAAGUUAUAUGAACUUAUGAUCAGUUUUUUAAAUAUGAGGUAUGACUUGAUAAUGACAGAUAUGAACAAUUAAACUCGUUUCCUCGCCACACACUCCUAUAGGUACUUUUUGUACAUAAUUUCAAGAAGUGCCUUUUCUAUGGUUUCUUUAUACGGUAGAUGUCGAUCAGAAAGUCCAUGGACAAAACCCAAUACUAUGACUAGUUUUUGAUAUACAAAGUUGAAAAAAAAAGGCAAUUUUUUUUUAAACAAAUGGGGAUUCUCAAAAUUUUUAUGUAUUCAAGGUUUUUUGCUAUAAUAUGCUAUUGAGAUGAUAUCAAAAAAUAUGAGUAAUAUAUGAAGAAAAGUAUUAGUUACUGGGUGAGCCAAACAUUACGAAGACGGAAUGUUGAUUUAUAGUAUAAUUCUACUUUGGUAGCUGAAUUUGUGUUAGCUUGGUUGAUAAUAUUAAGAUAUUUAAACAUUUUAUAAAGAGUGGGCCAAAAAUUUGAUCGCAUCUGUGCCUUAUUUUUAAUUUUAAUAGAAUUUUACGUAAGGAAACCAGUUAAUUGUUUAUAUCUAUCGUUACCAAGUUUUAUACCUCAUAACUUAACUAAUUACAAUAAGUUUAUAUAACUUUACACUUUAUUGGCAAACUCAAAAUAAAGUAAAUGUAAAAAAUUACGCAAUUUCACCGACGAAAAAA